GGAGGUUGCGGUCAGCAGAGAUCGCGCCAUUGCACUAUAGCCUGGGUAACAAGAGCGAAACUCCGUCUCAAAAAAAAAAAAAAAAAAAAUAAGAAAGAAACUCCCAGUCCUGAUGGGAUGCAGUGGUUACAUAGUCCCACCACUUUGGGAGACCGUGGCAGGUAAAUUCCCUGAGCUCGGGAGUUCGAGACCAGCCUAGGCAACAUAGCAAAACCCCCAUCUCUACAAAACCAAGUAAUUAGCCGGGUAUGGUGGUAUGCACCUGUGGUCCCAGCUACUCGGGAGGCUGAUGUGGGAGGAUCACCUGACCCUGGGAGCUCAAGGCUGUCCGCGAUGAUGCCACUGCAUUGCAGCUUGGGUGGCAGAGUGAGACCCUGUCUCUCCCUCUUUUUUUUUUUGGACGGGGUUUCACCAUGUUGGUCAGGCUGGUCUUGAACUUUCAACCUCAGGUGAUCCACCCAUCUUGGCCUGCAAAGUGCUUGGAUUACAGGCGUGAACCAGCAUGCCCGGCCGAGACUCUGUCUCAAAACUAAAAUAAAAGAAACUCCGAGUCCUAUUUUCUGUUCUGAUACAAACCAGUUGUAGUAUGACCUUAACAACUCUCUGCUCCCAAGUUCAGCUGUGGUUCCUCCCAGCUUCAAAAUUUUAUAUUUCCUGGGCUGGGUGCAGUAGCUUACGCUUGUAAUCCGAGCACUUUGGGAGGCCAAGGCGGGUGGAUCGCCUGAGACUGGGAGUCCCAGACCAGCCUGAUGAAUAUGGGGAAAACCCAUCUCUACUAAAAAUUCAAAAUGAGUAGGGUGUGGUAGUUCAUGCCUGUAAUCCCAGCUACUCAGGAGGCUGAGGCAGGACAAUUGCUUGAACCUGGGAGGCAGAGGUUGCAGUGAGCCAGGAUUGUGCCUUGUACUCCAGCCUGGGCAACAAGAGCAAAACUCUGUCUCAAAAAAAUUUUUUUGUUCUACUUCCAUGAUAUCAUAGACAGUAAAAUUGUAUAUUAUAUUGCUUUAUGUAAGUCACAUUUAUUUUAAAUACCUUCCCUAAAGAUUUAUAGUUCUCUAUUAAACUAUAGUUAGUAAUUGAGAUAAUCUAAAGUGAGUUCAGGGCAACUUUUUAUAUCACUUAGCCUUAGAUGAACGGCUAACACUAGUUUCUUGUACUUACAGAUUGUUAAAUUCUUCUUUUUUUUUUUGAGAUGGAGUCUUGCUUUGUUGCCAGGCGUCAGGCUGGAGUACAGUAGUGCAAUCUUGGCUCAUGGCAACCUCCGCCUCCUGGGUUCAGGCAAUUCUCCUGCCUCAGCCUCCGAGUAGCUGGGAUUACAAGCACGUGCCACCAUGCCCAGCUAAUUUUUUUGUAUUUUUAUUAGAGACGGGGUUUCACCUCAUUGACCAGGAUGGUCUCGAUCUCUUGACCUCAGGAUCCACCUGCCUCGGCUUCCCAAAGUGCUGGGAUUACAGGCGUGAGCCACCGCGCCCGGCCAGAUUGUUAAACUCUUAGACGUCAACUCAGUGUUCCUGAGGCAACUGCGGGUUUUGAGUUGUUUUUCUAGAUCUGGUGAUAGAUUUGUAAUAACAUUAUUAUUAGUAGUGAUCAUUUCCGAAAGCAUUAAAACUAUUAAUUUGUUUGAUCCUUGCAAUAAUCCUCUGGGAUUAGGAUUAGCAUUGAGACAAGGAUCUCUUAGCAAGGCAAUUUUACUUUCUGCAGAGAGGGUGCUUCUGUUAGCUAUCUGUAUUAAUUUCUUUUUUUGAGACAGAGUUUCGCUCUUGUUACCCAGGCUGGAGUACAAUGGCACGAUCUUGGCUCACCGCAACCUCCGCCUCCUGGGUUCAGGCAAUUCUCCUGCCUCAGCCUCCCGAGUAGCUGGGACUACAGGCACGCGUCACCAUGCCCAGCUAAUUUUUUGUAUUUUUAGUAGAGAUGGGGUUUCACCAUGUUGACCAGGAUGGUCUCCAUCUGUUGACCUCGUGAUCCACCCACCUCAGCCUCCCAAAGUGCUGGGAUUACAGGCGUGAGCCACCUCGCCCAGCAUCUGUAUUGAUUUCAGACAGAAUGAGGAGUCUCCAUUGAGAGCCUGAAUCUGGAAGGCUGACCAGAACCCCUGAGGAGCUGCAGGUGUCCCUUACCCUGAGAGGGCUUCCCUCUCUUUGAACUGGGGUGCUGCUUCUGAUCUGAUUCCAUCCUGGGCCCUUCCUUCAUGGGCAGCCUUGGUAAGGAGACUGGGAAGGUGCUCUGAGCAGGCUUUGAUGUUGCCAGCCCCGGGGGCCUGACCCUGUUCUCCAGGCACUCCUGGCUAUGACACCAGCAGGGUGAGCAGGACCUUGGAAGGCAGGGCUCCUGGCUUCUCCAGGCAUAAGCACAGGACCGCUGAGAUGGACGGCUUCAAACCACUGCCCUCUGCUCUGGUCGCGUCCAUCGUGUACCUCUGCAGACUUGAUUAAUCUGCCAGAUAUUUUCUCUUAUUUUUUUGGAGACGGAGUCUCACCCUGUCUCGCAGGCUGGAGUGCAGUGGCAUGAUAUUGGCUCACUGCAACCUCUGCUUCCCAGGUUUGAGUGAUUCUCCUGCCUCAGCCUCCCGAGUAGUUGGGAUUACAGGUGCUCACUACCACGUCCAGCUAAUUUUUGUAUUUUUCAUAGAGACGGGGUUUCACCAUGUUGGCCAGGCUGAUCUUGAACUCCCGACCUCAGGUAAUCCGCCCACCUCGGCCUUCCAAAGUGCUGGGAUUACAGGCGUGAGCCACCAUGCCCAGCCUCAGAGAUCUUCUUCUAAGCAGGGUUGUCAUUUGUUAAUUUUUUUUUAAAGAUGAUUUCUUUUUUUUUUUUUUUUUUAAGACGGGGUUUCACCAUGUUGGUCAGGCUGGUCUUGAACUCCCGACCUCAGGUGAUCCACCCGCCUUGGCCUCCAAAGUGCUUGGGUUACAAACGUGAGCCACCACACCCGGCCUAAAGGUGAUUUCUUUUGUCUCCCUUCUUUUCUGCUCCCACGGUUCCACCCACCACUCCUCCAACAUCUGUCUAUUUGCCCUUGCUGCAUGGGCCUUAGUAGGUUUUAAACUCCUUGUGGACAGUUCUCUCCUUGAAUUAAUGUUUCUUGAUGGAGCUCCUGCUCUGGUGCUGUAGGAGAGAGGGUGGGAAGAGUGAAGCUGCCCAGUCCAGCCGGUGGGUGUGGGCAGGAGACUCAGUAACGACAGGGUGGUCAGGGCCAGGACAGGACCCUUCUUCCCUGCUGUGAGCCAGCUGGAUGAAUCUAAGACAAUGCAGGUGUACGAGCUCAGUGGAGAGCAGCAUGACAUACAGUGGUCAGUGAAGGGUUACCAGGAAGUGGCUGAGAAGUUUGUGGAAACUCACCCUGAGUUUAUUGGAAUCAAAAUCAUUUAUUCGGAUCACAGAUCCAAAGAUGUGACUGUCAUCGCCGGAUCCAUCCGAACAGCCAUGGGGCUCCGGACCAAGUUCCCUACGGUGGUGGCUGGGUUUGACCUGGUGGGGCGUGAGGACACUGGCCACUCCUUGCACUACCACAACAGAGCCCUGAUGAUUCCCGCCAAGGAUGGUGUUAAGCUGCCUUACUUCUUCCACGCCGGAGAGACAGACUGGCAGGGCACUUCCAUAGACAAGAACAUUCUGGAUGCUUUGAUGCUAAACACUACCAGGAUCGGACAUGGAUUUGCUCUGAACAAACACCCCGCCCUCAGGGCUUACUCGAGGAAAAAGGACGUCCCGGUAGAAGUCUGUCCCAUCUCUAACCAGGUUCUGAAACUGGUGUCUGAUUUGAGAAACCACCCUGCAGCUACUCUGAUGGCCACUGGGCACCCCAUGGUGAUCAGCUCUGAUGACCCAGCAAUCUUUGGUGCCAAAGGCUUGUCCUACGAUUUCUAUGAGGUCUUCAUGGGCAUUGGGGGGAUGAAGGCUGACCUGAGGACCCUCAAACAGCUGGCCAUCAACUCUAUCAAGUACAGUAGCCUGUUGGAGACUGAGAAAAAUACUUUCAUGGCAGUCUGGAAGAAGAGAUGGGAUAAGUUCAUAGCGCAUGUGGCUACGGAUUAAGGAGAAACGAGCCAUCCUCCAUGAGCUGUCUUCCCGCACGCGCUGCCACCGCCACUCACCCACUCUUGAAUCAGCUCCAUGUCCCCAUCAAAUCAAUGGCCUGGGUUCCGGGUGAUGUGCCAUGAAGACGUCUUCUUCUCAGACCCUCUGCUGUCCCAGGGACAGUGAGUCCCUUGUACCUUUCCGAGGCCCCCCAGCAGGUGAUGAAGCUGCUGCCGCCACCCCCCAUAAUGUCCCCCUGGGUCUUCCCCAGCCUGUCACCCUUCCCAGGCUGCUCUACCACCUGGCUCAGUGGGCCGGAGCUGAUAGCUCUCACCGGCCUGCUGCAGAUGAGCCAGGGGGAGCCCAGGCCCAGCUCCUCCACAGCUGCCACACCCGCUGCUGGCCCCCCAGACCCUGCCUCUGACCCAGCCAGCCCCUGUGGUGGCUCCAGCAGUUCUCAUGGUGCUGACCCCUCUCUCCCACAGACCCCAGACACCCAUUGUUCAGAGCCUUCUUGGAGCAGGGCGGGAUGGCUGUGCUGACAGUAAGUGUUGGUUUGCAAAAAAAAAAAAAAAAAAAAGUGAGAAGCACUUGGCUGGCUGACCAGCUUCAUCCUCUGGAAACAUUCUCUCUCAGCUGCAGCAGCACUGACCCAGUCUGCUCUGUGUCCAUCACUCCUAGUUUCCCUACUUCAGAAUCUCCUCCUCUCUGACCUCUGUGCUGUGUCCUCAGGGCUCAGUCCUGGGCUCUCUUCUAUUCUGAUCUCUUUAUUAAAAAUAUUUUUUUGGCCGGGUGUGGUGGCUCACGCCUGUAAUCCAAGCACUUUGGAGGCCAAGGUGGGUAGAUCACCUGAAGUUGGGAGUUCAAGAUCAGCCUGACCAACAUGAUGAAACCCCAUCUUUUAAAAUUAAUUAAUUAAUCAAGAAAAAAAUUUUUUUUUCAAGAUGGAGUUUUGCUCUCGACCCCCAGGCUGGAGUGCAAUGGUGCCAUCUUGGCUCACUGCAACCUCUGCCUCCCAGGUUCAGGCGAUUCUGCCUCAGCCUCCCGAGUAGCUGGGAUUACAGGUGUGUGCCACCAUGCCCAGCUGAUUUUUGUAUUUUUAGUAGAGAAGGGGUUUCUUUUUUUUUUAUUUUUUUUAUAAAGACGGGGUUUCACCAUGUUGGUCAGGCAGGUCUUGAACUCCCGACCUCAGGUGAUCCACCUGCCUUGGCCUCCAAAGUGCUUGGUUUAUAGGUGUGAGCCACCACGCCCGGCCAAGAAGGGGUUUCAUCUUGUUGGUCAGGCUGGUCUCAAACUCCUGACCUCAGGUGAUCCAUCCGCCCUGGCUUCCAAAAGUGCUGGGAUUACAAGGGUGAGCCACCAUGCCCGGCGUGUUCUGAUCUCUUUAACUCUGUCCUCUUUAUUUCUCUUCUCUCUGUGUACUCUUUUCCUGGGUGGUCUCAUCCAUUCCCUUGCCUUUCCAUACCAUUUAUUUGUUAAUGAUUCCCACAUUUAUUUAUGUGCUUGGAAAGCUCACAGGAAUCUCUGGAACUGAGGAGGUACAAUUCCGAACCCUCAAUCUCUUCCCUUUAAACCUUUCUUUUUCUCUACUUUAAUUUUUCUAAAGAGUGUCUUGCUAUAUUGCCCAGGCUGGUCUCCAACUCCUGGUCUCAAGUGAUCCUCCUGCCUCAGUCUCCGGAAGUGCUGGGAUUACUGACAUGAGCCACCACACUCAGCCCUUUAAACCUUUCCCUGGCCUUCCCCAUAUCUGGUGAAAGACACCUCCGUCCAUUCCAGUGCUGGUGAGCCCCUGUGCCCAGCAAGCAUGUUCCUUUUCUCUUGACCUCAUGGUCUGCCCGCCUCGGCCUCCGAGAGUGCUGGUGAGCCCCUGUGCCCAGCAAGCAUGUUCCUUUUCUCUUGACCUCAUGGUCUGCCCGCCUCGCUCUCCGAGAGUGUGCUGGUGAGCCACUGUGCCCAGCAAGCAUGUUCCUUUUCCCCCUUUUGUCCUGUCACUGUCUCAGAGGUUUUCCUGUGCCUGCCCUGUUUCUCUCAGGAAGCCUUGCCCUUUUCCAUCGUGCCUCUAAUCACAAUUUAUAAUUGGACAUUUACUUCUGUGUCUACAGUCUCGCCCCGCCAGACUGCAAGCCCCCCGUGGGCAGGCACUCGUGAUUGUUUCUGAUUGUUUCACACACGCUACUAACUCAGAGCCUGAGCCCAAACCCAGUUAGUAUUCAAUAAACAAUGCAUUGCGUGAG